CUCCAAAGGAAGGAAUGGGAAGGAGCUACCCGGAGAUUGGGGAAGAAACAGUGAUCGGAAUUGAGGAAGAGAGAAGAACACGAAGGAAAUUCCUCCAUUCCAUUCUUUCUCGAUAAUCGAAAUACCCUUUUCAAUUCCUAAGGCUCAUAUCGCUCAAGUUACGAUAACAUUUCAUAUGGGAUUCGUUUGUUGAUUCGGGAAAUUCAAAUGGAAAGCUACAGGUGGAAAGAGUACAAUGGAAAUAAUCAUCAGUUUUUGUCUGAAUAUGAUGAUCUCGUCUUAGAUCGAUGCGUAUCCAAUAGAAAGCAUAGCCCGCCCCUUCCACCCAGUGCAUUUCCUCCUAGCCUAGGCUACAUCCAGCAUCCUGUCUCCAAAAUGGACACUCUCGCUGGAAUCGCAAUCAAGUACGGCGUUGAGGUAUCAGACAUAAAAAAAAUGAAUGGCCUCGUUACAGACCUUCAGAUGUUUGCUCUUAAAACUCUUCACAUCCCACUACGGGGAAGACACCCUCCGUCAGAUGAUUCCACUACAACAGGAUACAGGACAUCGGAUGAACUGUUUGAUUUGCAACAUUUGACAACAAAUUCUCCCCAGCGGAAGGCCUCCUCUGCUGGGAACUCUUUGCAAGGCUUCUACAGAAUAAGACCAACGGAUAAGAAAACCACAUCCGAUGACUUCCAGAUGGCAGUGAACAGAAAAGGGGCUUCUGACUUCUCCGAAGACUCAGCUUCGCCCCACCAGCCCCUGAGUCGUCACCGAAAAUCUAGAAGUCUAGUUGAUAUCAUUUUGAGUGAGAUUGAGGAACAGCCUGAUAUUGUGCCCGCCGCACCGGAGACACUCCUGAGGGAGGAUAAUAGCAGCAGCUCUGGGUUCCCAUCAAGAACAGGAAAAGGCUUGGCUCUCAGACAGAAAUCAGCAAGCCGAGCUUCACUGACCGCAGACUCAGAGGCUAGUGGCUCAAAUUCCGGGCCAAUUGGUUUGGAGGAUAUAUUCCGAACUGAUGGUCCUCUUGGUGUUAAGAAAUCAUCCAGCGCAUCAUGUUUAUAUGACGAGGAUAACUCCCCAUCAUUUAUAUGGCCAACCUCAAAAUGGAGUUUAAGACCAGAUUUUCAGGCCUUUGCAGCUGCAAAACCAAUGUUUGAUGGCUUGCCCAAACCCACAACUGUUCGAAGAAGCAAGGCGGCACUCGAUAAACAUAUAUAGUAGCUUACACAAUUUUGAUCCUUUUACCAGGCUCUCCAAAUCACAAGCAACUGUGUUAAUGAUGGAUAUAUUGGGAGGUAAAUUAGAUUUUUCCUUUCUUCUUUUAGAAGAAUCAAAUAUCACAUAUCACUCGUUAAACAGCUUCUCUUUUUUUUUUUUUUUUAUCUACAGUUUCUCUUAUAGUCUUGUUGCUCCUUCGCAUUUAAGCCUUGAACAGAAUGAUCGAAUUACCAAUGACUCACCAUGGAGACAAACUUUGCUCGAUGGUCUUUUGUUCCUUAGCCACGUUGAGAGAAUAGAAACGAAAGGAGUAGUCCCUGUAAUUAUGGCAUUCUUGCUUUA